AUGGUACCUUCUAAAGCAAUUCAGGACCUAGUCACCAUCCUACGCCACGACUUUACUGUCGAAUUGAACGCUUCAUUAGCUUCGUUGCCACCUCAACAAUCCACUUAUCUGAAGAUACAUGCUGAGAUCUGCAUCGAUCCAUCUGUGCCACAGGAUGAACUUGGGGGACGCAAGUCCCAACCAAUUUAUUUAGGCUCAAUUUCUCUAGAUCGAACAGAAGCACAAGGAUGUUUAAACCAACAAUGCACAAUACCUGUGUCUACAUGUCCUCCUCUGUUGCCUAACCAUACGAUAAUGGAGGGGGAUGAAUCAUCCCACAAAGUGCCCGAGCUGCCCAGCAUUCACCAAACUUCCUCCCUUGAGAAAAGGCGGAAGACUAUUGGAGGACUAACGAUAAAAAGAGGCGCCUGUGAUGAGAUGCCAGAUGACUCUAGUAUAUCAUCCCAGACAGGCAGCUCAACUAGACAAUUGCAGACAGAGUCUCGAGUGUUCCCUCAGAGAAAGAAGAGGAAUGACCAUGGCAUUCAUCAACUGCAGCCAUCCUCGGUUGAAAAGUUCGUUGCUGGAGUAUGGAAACAGAUAUACAGUAACGUUGAGCUUGCCCCAAUUUUGCUAGACAGUGACUGUGUACCAAUAAUCGCACGUGGCGGGCCUAAUAUUGAGACUUUUCGAGCCAUUAACUCGCUUUGUUUAAAAAUCACAACAGUAACACGCCGUUGUCGCUCCUUGGAAACGAUUAUUCAAGCUCAUUGGGUUGACUGCUUUGAUUAUCGAGUCAAAGAAAUCGGAAUCCAGAACCCAUUUUUAUCUAACACAGAGACCAAGAUGCUUGCUCUCCGGGAGGCUUGUGCAAUCCUCAAGUGGUCAGAAAAAGAGCUGAGGAACAGACUAGCAAUCUGGCGAGGAUACAGAGAAAUCAAGGAUGCAGGUGGCUGGGCCUGCUUGGCCUUUGCUGGCUCCGGAAUUUAUAGAUUCUGCAAAUAUCGUGUAGGAUUCGAAAAGAAUCUCACAACAAGGCUCGAACGACUUCAAUCUAGCCUAGAAGUAGCAGCCGAUACAAUACAUCCCGAAUGGCGCAAACUCUUAAAAUUCAUAGGCAUAGAAUCUCAAUCGGCAUAUACUGGACAUCCACAUGACUGGGUUGUCUGCGACACAGCGAAACCUGUUACGCUCAAAUCCACCUACACACAGUGGGACCCGGAUUUUGAGUUUUCGCACAUUGAGGAGUCCGUAAUAGAUGAAGCUGCUUGGGGUAAUGAAGAUCCGCGUAUGGUGGAUAAUUCUAGUACGGUAUCUUGCCAUGAAUGCGGAUGCUUGCAAUCGAAUAACUCUUCUGUCAAUGAAUGCCGCUGUUUUCCAGAGUUGUUUGGGUGCUGCAAGGCACCACCUCCUGUACAGGUUUUUCGUACUCCACGGGGAAUGAACAACGGCAUUAUCGCACGCAGCGAAUUUGCUCGCGGUUCGGCAAUUGGCGAAUUCGUAGGACUGGUUACCAAGGGAUUGGAAGGUAAAGAUGUAAUGCAGAGCAAGAGCACCGAGAAUCAGUACCAAAUAUACCAAGGACGAAUGGGUAACUACACACGCUUUGUCAACCAUUCAUGCGCGCCGAAUAGCCAAUUCCAGAAAUUUUACUGGCUGGGAAUUGAACGUAUUGUCUUGGUCUCUAAAAGAAUUGAAGCUGGAGAGGAGAUUACGGUAGACUACUCACAUGAGUAUUGGAAGGGCCUCGACAAAGAUUGUCUGUGCGGAGAGUUGUGUUGCCGGUACGUGAGAAGGCGAGCACGUCCAUCUGCCACUUGA